AUGCAGCAGCAGAGCCUGCAGCAGCAACAGAAUCAGCAGCAGCAAAGCCUGCAGCAACAGAAAACGCAGCAGCAACAGCAGCAAGAAUCGUCACAUCCAGACCGGGAGCCACAAGUGCAGCAGAACCAGCAGCAACAGCAAAAACAACACCAACAGCAGCAACAACAACAACAACAACAACAACAGCAGCAGCAGCAGCAGCAGCACGCAGCGCCAUUAAAGAGGCGAGCAGCAGACGUUUUGCAUGCAGACAGCAAAAUAUUAAAAGGGCCAAUUGACGUAGCCACAUUCUACGGAACUAAGAGCAGCAGCAGCAGCAGCAGCAACUGCAGCAACAGCAGCAACUGCAGCAGCAGCUGGAGACUUGCAUCUCUUAGUCAUGAUGACAGAUGGGAGACCGCUAGCGAGUCUACCUCAGAAGAAGAAACAGCAGCAGCAGCAGCAGCACCUGCUGCUGCUGCUGCUGCUGCUGCAUCUACAGAGUAUGGGGCGUCACAUCCGGCAUGCAGCAGCAGCAGCAGCAGCAGCAGCAGCAGCAGCAGCAGCAGUUUUCCCAGUGAGCUUUCUGGUUUAGAACGUGUUCGCCUAUGGCAGCGAAUAGAGUCAUUACUCUAUGGAGACCAGCAGCAGCAGCAGCAGCAGCAGCAGCAGCAGCAGCAGCAGCAGCAGCAGCAGAGGAGACGUCGUCCUCAGGUACCAUUAUUUGUAUUUGAGAAGCAAGCAGCAGCAACAAAGUUUGCUGCUGUGCUGCGUCGUCGUCUUCCUGCUGCUGCUGCUGCUGCUGUUGCUGUAUGGGCAGAAGAAACAGCAGCAACAGGACAACGAAGAUUUUGCUGCGGCUCCCUUCGUGCACUUCUUGCUGCUGCUGCUGCUGCUGCUAGGAGAGCUGAAUAUCUAAGGCAAAUACAACCACUGUUACAACCAAUAAAACCUCCUGCUGCUGCUGCUGCUGAUCCUGCUGCUGCUGCUGCUGCUGCUGCUGCUGUUGCUGAUACGUCUACAAGCGACAGUACAACCAGCAGCAGCAGCAGUAGCAGCAGCAGCAGUACUAGUCCUAGCAACAGCAUCAGUACUAUAACUAACAACAGCAGCAACACAAGCAGCAACAGCAGCAACAGCAGCAGCAGCAGCAGCAGCAGCAGCAGCAGCAGCAGCAGCAGCACUGCAUGCAAUUUAUAUGAAGUAUUAGAGAGCGGACGUCCUGUAUGGUUAUACUUUGACAUAGAAUAUUCAUUUAUAUAUAAUAAGCAGCAAGGAACAGUAGCAGCAGCAGCAGCAACAUGGCAGCAGCUGCUGCUGCAGUUACGUUACUUCCUUUGCUCCUGCUGCGGUAUAUGCAUGCAGCAGCAGCACAUUAUUACCCUUGAUGCUACUACCAGCAGCAAAUUCUCUCGUCAUCUUAUUAUUAAAUAUAUUAAUUAUAAUUAUAUUAAUAAUAAUAAUAAUAAUAUAAAUAAUAAUAUAAAUAAUAAUAAUAAUAAUAAUAAUAUAAAUAAUAAUAAUAUUAAUAAGGAUGCCUUAUGGCUGCUGCGCGACGACUGCAGCAACAGCAGCAGCAACAGCAGCAGCAGCAGCAGCAGCAGCGAUAGUGCUGCAGCAGCAGCAGCAGCAGCAGGAGCAGCUGAUACUGCUGUUGCUGCUGCAGGAACUACAGAGCUGCUGCAUAGCCUUGGCAGCGCUGGGGGUACUGCUGCAGCAGGUGCAUCAGCUGCAGCAACAGCAGCAGCAGACGGUGCAGCAACAGGGGCAACAGGAGCAGCAGGUGCAGCAACAGCAGCAGAAGCAGCAGCAGCAGAGGAAGCAGCAGAAGAGAAGCAACCUCAACAUAUACGGGAAGAUGCAGCAGCAGCAGCACAAUCAUCAGGAACAACAGCAGCAACACCAACAGCAGCAGCAUCACCAACAGCAGCAGCAUCACCAACAGCAGCAGCACCAGCACCAGCAGCAGCAGCAGCAGCAGCAGGAACAGCAGCAGCAGCAGCAGCAAAGUGUAAAUCUACAUUGAUGCCUAAUACUCAGACAGCUGGUCGUCUAGCAGAAGUCUUCGUGCUGCACCUCGCCAACAGAUUGUAUGAGCUGCAGCAGCAGAAGCAGCAGCAGCAGCAGCAGCAGCAGCAGCAGCAGCAAGAGCAGCAAGAGGGCAAGACCCAGCAGAAGGAAGAGACCGAACUGCCAACGCAACAGCAGCAACAGCAGCAGCAUCAACAACAGCAGCAGCAGCAACAGCAGCAGCAAGAGCAGCAGGACGAUGGAAAGCAAUGUGAUUGUCGUACAGCAGCAGCAGCAGCAACAUAUGAGGAUUUGCUGCUGUUAUUCCCUCUAGCAGGACCAACAGCAGGAGCAGCAGCAGGAGAAGCAGGAGGAGCAGCAGGAGCAGCAGCAGCAGCAGCAGCAGAGCGUCGCUGUAUAAUAGAUAGCUGCGUAUACACCCGAAAUAGAUGUUUUAGGUUACUUGGAUCAUCUAAAUAUGCUAAAGAUAAUCCUCUUAAGGCAGAAGAAACACGCAGCAGCAGCAUUUGGGAUGAACCAUUAGGAGAUGCAGCAGCAGCAGCAGCAGCAGCAGACUGCUGCAGCAGCAGCAGCAGCAUUUAUGGGCGUCUGCUGCCAGCAAGGGGUCUCAUAAAGGUUAAUGAGACAGGAUGUAUAGAAAAGGUGCAGCCAGCAGCAGCAGCAGCAGCAGCAAGAACAGCAACAGGAACAGGAGCAGCAGCAGCAGCAGCAGAAUAUAUCCCUGGUCUCCCUACACAUAUUGCUGGUCUUCGUGAGGCAGCAGCAUUUGCUGUCUCCUUUUGGCGUCAGGUAAGAGAUGCAGCAGAAGCAGCAGCAGCAGCAGCAGCAGGAGCAGCAGGAGGAUCCCCUGAUCAGCAGCAGCGUCAUCUCCUGCUGCAUCAACUACAGCAGCAGCAACAUCAUCAUCAGCAGCAGCAACAGCAGCAGCAGCAGCAGCAGCAGCAGCAGCAGCAGGACGUACUAAAUGGGCAGCAUAAAUCUAAUGGUAUAUUAUUAGUAAUACAAUUAAUAAAUUCUUUUUUUUACCAGAAGUGUUUCGAUCCCGAUUGCUGCAGCAAACGAUCCCCAACUUUCUUGCUGCCUCCUGCCCUGCAGCAAACGCAUGCAUGUCUUAUUGAUGCUGCUGCUGCUGCUGCUGCUGCUGCUGCUGCACCAGAUGCUCCUGCUGCUGAUGAUGAUGAUGAUGCUGAUGCUGCUGAUGCAGCUAAUGCUGCUGCAGCAACACUUGUAGAUGAUGAUGAUGAUUAUGCUGCUGCUGCUGCUGAGUUUUAUGCUCAUGAUAAUGCUGCUGCUGCUGCUGCAGCAGCAGCAGCAGCAAAUGCAGCAGCAGUAGCAGCAGAAGCUCAUGGUGGUGAACACACUGCUGCUGCUGUAACAGCAGAUGCGUCGCCUGCUGCUGUUGCUGCUGCUGCUAUAGCUGCUGCUGCUGCUGGUACGCCAGCAAUGCAGCAUGCUGCACCUGGUUCCUCUUCAACACCGCAGCAGCAGCAGCAGCAGCUGCAGCAACAGCAACAACAGCAGCACCCGCUGCAGCAAGAACUGUCAAAUACUGCCCACGUGCAACAAGAGAAGCAGCAGCAGCUGCUGCAGGAGCACCAGCAGCAGCUGCAGCAGCUGGUGCUCGAGCUGGACAGCUUUGAGGCCUUUUAG